UUUCUCUGUCUCUCUUUCAGGGAAAAGAAGUGUGCCACGGAGAGGAGUGUACUAAGGAUUGUGUGUGUGUGUUUCCUGGUUCGCUCAAACAAAGUCAGCAUAGCGGUGUAGUGCCGCUUGUGUGAGUGAGUGUGUGUCUGUGUGUGUGACUGUGAGAGAGUGUGUGUGUGUGUGUCGUCAGCAUGCGUUGGUCGACGGCGGACGAUGUCUGAUUCGGGUUUCCGCGGUAACCGCCUCCCCCACCUCCUCCUCCUCCUCUCUCGUCCUCCCUCGUCGGGCAUGAUCGCCCUCUGGCUCUCCUCCUCUCUUCUCCUCCUCCUCCUCCUCGUCAUCCCCCCAUCCGGCGCAGCCCCUCGCAUGCCCACCGCUCCACCGACAGACUCGGUGUCCAGUAGCGAGGUGUCCUUCCUGGAGGACCUGGUGGUGGCGGUGGGGGACACCCUGGACCUGGCCUGCAGCCCCGAGGACUACGCCGUGCCCGUGGUGUGGCACAAGGACGGCGCGCCGCUCUCGCCCGCCACCGCCACCAACCGCACACGCCUGGGCCAGCGGGUGCUGCGCGUCCUCAACGUCUCGUACGAGGACGCCGGGGUCUACUCAUGCCGACACGCCCACGACAGCGCGCAGCUGCUCAGCAACUACACCGUCAAAGUCACAGAUUCCUUGUCGUCGGGCGAUGAUGAAGACUACGAUGAGGACUCGGACUACUCAGCAGGUAAUGGCAACGAACCCCCACACUGGACCCGGCCCGACAAGAUGGAGAAGAAGCUGAUAGCGGUCCCGGCCGCCAACACAGUCCGGUUCCGCUGUGCCGCCUCUGGAAACCCCCUGCCCUCCAUCCAUUGGCUGAAGAACGGGAAGGAGUUCAAGGGUGAACAGCGGAUGGGCGGGAUCAAGCUGCGGCAUCAGCAGUGGAGCCUGGUGAUGGAGAGUGCGGUGCCUUCAGACAGAGGCAACUACACCUGCGUGGUGCAGAACAAAUAUGGCACCAUCACACACACCUACCAGCUGGACGUACUGGAGCGCUCUCCGCACCGGCCCAUCCUGCAGGCGGGCCUGCCGGCCAAUCAGACGGUGGUGUUGGGCAGCGACGUGGAGUUCCACUGCAAGGUCUUCUCGGAUGCGCAGCCCCACAUCCAGUGGCUCAAGCACAUCGAGGUUAACGGCAGCCGCUACAGCCAGGGCGGCGAGCCAUACGUCAACAUACUUAAGACUGCGGGUAUUAACACGACAGAUAAGGAGCUGGAGGUUCUCUUCCUCCCCAACGUGUCUUUCGAGGACGCUGGCGAGUACACUUGUCUGGCGGGGAACUCCAUUGGCUUCGCUUGGCACUCUGCCUGGCUCACGGUGCUUCCAGCAGUGGAGCUGGAGAAGGAGGACGACUACGCGGACAUCCUGAUCUACGUGACAGGCUGCGUGCUCUUCAUCCUGGCCGUGGUCAUCGUCAUCCUCUGCCGCAUGCGCAUGCACACGCCCAAGACGCUGCCCAGCCCGCCCGUGCAGAAGCUCUCCAAGUUCCCCCUCAAGAGACAGCAGGUUUCACUAGAGUCCAACUCCUCCAUGAACUCCAACACGCCGCUGGUCCGGAUCGCCCGCCUGUCCUCCAGCGACGGCCCCAUGCUGGCCAACGUCUCGGAGCUGGAGCUGCCCUCCGACCCCAAGUGGGAGUUCUCCAGAACCAGGUUGACGCUUGGGAAGCCCCUGGGGGAAGGCUGCUUUGGACAGGUGGUGAUGGCCGAGGCUAUUGGGAUUGACAAGGAGAAACCCAACAAGCCCCUCACCGUGGCAGUCAAGAUGCUGAAAGAUGACGCUACAGAUAAGGACCUGUCAGACCUGGUGUCGGAGAUGGAGAUGAUGAAGAUGAUCGGCAAACACAAAAACAUCAUCAACCUGCUGGGUGCCUGCACACAGGACGGCCCCCUGUACGUGCUGGUGGAGUACGCCUCCAAGGGGAACCUGCGGGAGUACCUGCGGGCGCGGCGGCCCCCCGGCAUGGACUACUCCUUCGACACCUGCAAGGUCCCCAACGAACAGCUCACCUUCAAGGACCUGGUCUCCUGCGCCUACCAGGUGGCACGCGGCAUGGAGUACCUGGCCUCGCAAAAGGUAAAGUGCAUCCAUAGAGACUUGGCAGCACGUAAUGUUCUGGUGACGGAGGACAACGUGAUGAAGAUAGCCGACUUUGGGCUGGCCAGGGACGUGCACAACAUAGACUACUACAAGAAGACCACCAAUGGUCGGCUGCCAGUCAAAUGGAUGGCACCAGAGGCGCUGUUCGACCGGGUCUACACACAUCAGAGCGACGUGUGGUCGUAUGGGGUGCUGCUGUGGGAGAUCUUCACGUUAGGCGGCUCGCCCUACCCAGGCAUCCCCGUGGAGGAGCUCUUCAAGCUGCUGAAGGAGGGACACCGCAUGGACAAGCCGGCCAACUGCACCCAUGAGCUGUACAUGAUCAUGAGGGAGUGUUGGCAUGCUGUGCCAUCUCAGCGUCCCACCUUCAGGCAGCUGGUGGAGGACCACGACCGAGUGCUCUCCAUGACCUCCACCGAUGAGUACCUGGACAUGUCGGUGCCGUUCGAGCAGUACUCCCCCGCCUGUCCCGACUCGGGCAGCACCUGCUCCUCAGGCGACGACUCAGUAUUUGCUCACGACCCGCUGCCCGAUGCCCCCUGCCUGCCCCGCGUUCCUCAUGCCAACGGAGUCAUUAGGACAUAGCCCUCCAACCACCCAACCACCCCAACCAACCACCCCAAACCCUACCCAAUACCUUCUCCCUUCUCCCAUCACACCCCACCCCACCCCACUCACCCGGGACAGGAGUGGACUGCCGAAUCAUCGUCUCCACUCCCUAUUACGCUGAGUCAUCGAUUCUGAGCAGUGUCGUGUAACAGGUGGAAAAUAAGGGAAGGAAAAAAAAUGAACUGUCUUCAGGGUUUUUUUCUUCUUCCUGGUUCUAUGUGAAGGAUGGACAUUUGUUUUUUGUUUUUGUUUUUCUUCUUCCAGAUAUCUAUAUAUAUAUAUAUACAUAGUUUUUUUUCUUUGCGCGUCAAUUUAAGAGAAAUGAAAACAAAAUUCCUAUUUUUGUACUUGGCCAGUUUCUUAAAUCAUUCAGUCGGAACGUAGUGGACAGUCUUGCCAUUCCGUGCCUAUCCAAAAAAAAGAAAGGAAAACACAUGCACACACUCAAACACACACACACGCAUGCAUGCAAGCCAAGAACAUCAGAUCCACAUUCAAAAGAAAUAAGAGGGCUGCAAGGACCACCAAGGGAGCUCCCAAGCAGCUGCCUCAAGAGGUGUAUGGGGUGUGUGUGUGUAUAUGUGUGUGGGUGAUUUCACUGCGCAUGCCUGUGUGUGUGUGUGUGCGCGCAUGUGUGAGUGAGCCCUUUACGCUCACAGUACAGCAAGGUUUAUCCGUUACUGCAAUAAGCCAGAAUCGGACUAACUUGCAUGGCCAGUGCUUCCCAUCUGCUCCUCCAAGUAUUGGCUCUCUUGGACUUGUCGAGCCUUAAGAGAGAGCGACUGCCCCUCAACCCCUGCCCUCGCCCCCCACCCUCUCUUUUUUCCUCUCCUUGGAUGGAGAGAUCAGACAUGAAUGAGUGCAUAGCCCCAUAAAGGAGUGUUGAACUCGACUCAUGCAAGUAUUCUCAUGCAAGAAAAAAAGGACAAAAAAAGAGUUUUAAUAUGCUAGGAGGCUGGAUGAUACUUAUAUAAUGCUGUGUGCUUUUUGUAUGUUCCGGAAAAAAAUAGUUUUUAUUGUAAAUAUAUAAAUAUAAGAACACUAUGUAUCAUAUUUGCAAUCUGCAACGGUGUACUUUAUAGGGAAAGAAAAAAAGGACUUUUUCUUUACUGAAAUUGUAGAAUCGGAGCAUUGCAAUGGAGAGAACACUGCUGAAGAUUGUGGAAACGUUUUAAUCUAAAAUGAUACAAAAGGUUUUAUUUGAAUAAUUAACUUGUAUAUUUGUAAAGGUAUUUAUAGACAAUAACAUACAGUUUUUAAGGUUAAAAAAUAUAGUCUAGGAUUUUGGUACUGUAACAUUUUUUUCCAGAUUUUAAUUUUUUCUUGUAACUUAUUUACAAAAGAAGUGCAAAAUUAUUUUCUCAACAGGUUUUCCAUUUUUUGUUUCAUUUUUGAUACAUCUUUUUGUUUACAGUUGAAAGAAUGUAUGGAUACGAUUAUUAAGAAAUCGGUUUGGAUAGAUGAAAAAUCAUGAUCAUCAACAACAGCUGAAAUACAUGUACCUGAACAACAGCAUUAACUGUUACGGAAAAAAAACAAGAAAACCAAAUGUCUUUUUUGUUUUGUUUUGUUAGUGUUAUUGUUUUCUUUCACAUUUUUUUUUCAUUGUGGCGUCAGUGUUAUAUGUUUGUACAUUAUGGCAGCAGAUGAGGCUUCCUAUGCUGGUGUUGAAUUCUAACGGCUUCUGUUUGCUCCGAACCCUUUGAGGAGUAAGGAAUUUCCCCCAGUUCUUCUAGAAUAUAACUCGAACAUUCUACAGCUCCCAUAAAAGUCUGUGUUAAAAAUCUCGAAAAGUCCUUAUGACAUCAUAAUGAGAACUUGAAAUUUUGGCAAAAUUCUAAUCACAUUUGUGAUGGUACUCCUCAAAGGGUUAAAAGACUGAGCAGAACCAGACUGUCUGGAACAAGUCUCACUUAGAAGCAGACCCUCAAAGCACUUUUAGAUGUUUUUAGACUUAGGAGAAAAAUUACAAGAUUAUGAUUUUUUAAAAACUUUUUUAAUACUGCCAAAUUAGGAGACAUUGCCCUUAAAAUUCUUGGCACCAUGCAAAUAAGCUCUUCUUUUGACCAAGAAUGCAUCGUCCCUCGCGAACUGUGAGUUGUGACGUGAAUGUGACUUAAUAGUUCAACCCGGCUAGGCUCUUUUGGGAAUCAAAAGUGGUAGGGCAGAAGUCCACGGGACGUGAGGACUAGAGUUGUGCCUGGCAUUGGGAACCACACUGCUGCUUGCUAGUGUUUCUACUUCAAUGAAGGAAGGCCAUCUGGCCUAAAAAAAAACCCUGAACACUCAACACAAAGAAAUAUAGAGUAACAGAAAAAGUACAUAUUGUAGACUAGAGGUUUUUUUAUUUGAGUUUGUGUGAAUCUGCAUACCUAUGGAUGCUUCAUCACAAUAAAUGUUAAUGUUUGAAUGAAAACAACAUAAUGAUAAUGUGCUACAGAAACGUUCUGUCAAAGUGCCAAAAAACUUUUCCGUUCUUUUUUUUGUUUUGUUUUUCUUUCCUUUCUUCUUUCCAUGUUGUGUUCUUGAUGAUAAACAACCCCACGCUGCCCAUAAUAAGCCUGAGGGACCUGACAUAAGACAGAUGUUUACAAAGCAAUUUGUUAAAUAAAAAUUGGCAAUAAUCAGAAAAGCAACAUAGAAAGAGAUGGCAAGAAAGAGCUGGGUGGGGACACUGGCAUAGUGAAAGAGGUACAAGUAGUGAGAGAAAGAAAGAAAAACAUGCUGCUAAAACUAAAACAAGUAACAUUGACUUUUGACUGAUUGAAAAGUUUCCUUUUCCUUUUUUCUGUUUCUGUUCUGGUUUUACUGUCCCUCGCGUUAUUAAUUGGCUGGUGUUUGCACAUGUUAAGUGCCUGAUAUCUGAUGAGCGAAUAAAAACAGAUUAAAAAAAGAAAAGAGGAAGAGAGGAGAGCUUUCCUUGCUGAAUACAAAGGCAGCAUUUUAGAUUUGGAGUUCAGAGAUUGUUAAUCGCAGAAACAGGGCCAGACAAGUAGUGGAGAGUACAGUAUAUAUAUGGCACUUGACUUGUUUGAAAGGAGAGGUCAGUUACAUUACACUUGGCUGACAUAUUCAUCCAAAGUGGCUUACAGAUAUAUUUAGGUACAGGAUAUUGGUUACUGUCGCCGGAGCAAUGUGGGGUUUGGUGGCUUGCUCAAGGGGACUUCAGCCAUUACCUUCUAAUAAGGGUGGGAUUUGAACCCUUGGAACACCCUGACCCAAAAACCAACUCCCUAACCAAGGCCACAGAUACCCAGUCAGUGAGACUGAUACUGAAGCUCUUAAUGUACGUUUAUCUUCCUGGUUCAGUUGAAAAGCUUUCCCUAUGGCGAGAGUUAUUGCUAUUGCUCCUUACAGAACAGCUCAGACCGGAGGGAGAUCUGGCUCAGAUCUGGAUUUGACUCGGCCCAGUUCAGGCCCUGGUCUGGCUGACCCUGGUCUCUGCAGUGGAUGUUUUGUUCUAGACUUCUAGGUUCUUCCUGCACAUGCAAUUUGGCCUCCUGAUUUUUUUUUCUCAUUUUACUUUCUUUUGCCUCUUUCGCCUGGCAUUUUUUUUUGUCUGUGAACGUACCAGAACCAGGGUGUGAUGGUGAGGUUAAAGUUCAUCUUAGCAAGUUCUGUAUACAUUUGAACAGACACAGUAGCCGACAUUUUGAAGCCAGACUUCUUGGGGUAAAAUACAGAGAUCAACUGUAAACUGUGCUGGCUGUGUGCGUGCGUGUGUGUGUGUCUCUCUGUCUGUCUGUCUGUCUGUCUGUCUGUCUAUCUAUCUGUGUUAAUUUGUGUGUGUGUGUGUGUGUGUGUGUGUGUGUGUGUGUGUGUGUGUGUGUGUGUGUGUGUGUGUGUGUGUGUGUGUGUGUGUGUGUGUGUGUGUGUGUGUGUGUGUGUGUGUGUGUGUGUUUGUUUGUUUGUUUGUGUGUCUGUGUAGUUGUAAGUCUGUGUGUGUGUGUGUGUGUGUGUGUGUGUGUGUGUGUGUGUGUGUGUGUGUGUGUGUGUGUGUGUGUGUGUGUGUGUGUGUGUGUGUGUGUGUGUGUGUGGCCAGUGACUUUACAGAUUCUGAUUACUUUGAACUUCACCCUCUGUCGUCUCCUCUACUACUGAAGGACUCCAAGAGGGGUCCUCUCAACUGCCUGAACACAAGCUCUUUAUUUAUUCUCAUUGUGAUGUAUUUAUACUAAUCUUUUUUGUUGAUUUAUGUUUUUGUUUUAUUUGUUUUGUUAGUUUUAUUUGUUUUUGCUUGAUGGUAGUCAUUUUGUGACCCUCCUUUGACUUAAGAUGGAGGUAGAGAGAGAGAGAUUUGGGUCAGAAAGGGGUCAGGAGGAAUCACGGUGAAUCCUUUGGAACAUUCUCUGGUCAUCUGAAAGCUGUUUGGAAUAAUGAGCAAUAUAGACUGACCACCAUUCUUCCACUCAUUUUGAUUUCUGUUUUUUUAUUCUGCUUUCUUUAUCUGUGUCUUAUUUUUGAUAGCUCCUCCACAGCUCCUGCUAGACAUCAUACAAAUCUAGGUUCAUUUGUUUCACAAACAGUCAUUGUACAUCUAGUAGACUUAGGUGUGUGAAUUUGAUAUAAGAGAAGAAAAUGGCUAUAUAGCAGUUUCCUUUUUUCUUUACAGUGUUAUUGAAAAAUAUUAUACUUUUAACUAAGAAAUGCAUUCCACGUAGAAACUCUUUUUACGCAGAGUUUGACAGAAGUGAGCUCACUUGUUUUUUUUAGCAGAAUAAACAGACUCAUAACAGGUUUUCCCAUUUUCUGUCUUUCAUUUGCUAUAAUUAACAAAGUCAUUAAGGAUGUAAGCUGAUUGACUAACCAUUUCUUACAUAGAGAGUUGCUUUUGUUUCAUCGUUUCAUGUCAAUGUUUCUUUUCAAUCUUUUUUUUCUUUUCACACGGUUCUUUUUCUAUCUUUUUCAUGAUCUCUCCAGAACAUUCCACCAUUUUCAGGCCCCACCUUUUCCCUGGGCGGGGCCAAAGCUCAAUACUCUCAUAUCAGUGUGUGCCUGACAAACACUAUGCUGUCAAAACAACAAAAAAGUGUUUAAAAGAACGUUUCAAUAAAGGAGUUACAACAUGAA